CCCUCUGACAGCUGACCCCCGACCCAAUGCCUCGACUCGCUCUGCCGAGAAAGCCAUAGCGACGACGGCGAGCAGACCGGCGAGGACGACGUCCCCAUCAGCGACGACGACCAACAUUGGGCGACGACAGCGAGCCUUCGGCGAGAAGCCGAGAACGGUGUGCCCGUCGGCGAAAGCGGAGAGCUCAUCAACGAAGGCAGCAACCCCAUUGCGAACCUGCAGCGAACUUGGCCAAGUUUAUUGACACUAUGGAUGAAUCACGAAAAAGAUCUGCCUCUACUGCGAAUGCUAAAAAUAUGAGUUCAUCCCUUGAUGAGGACUUUGGUAAUGAUUUUAUUUCGCCCUGGAAAUUACCAAAAUCAGGAGAAGACACAAUUGACUUUAAUGUUGAGUCAGUUCCAAAGAGUAGCAAGAAGUUCAGCUUUGACAGCCUAGAUGAUUUCGGGCUUGAUGGAGUCUUUGACAAAUUAUCACCAUUUAAAAUGGGCAUGUCUGCUCUAGAUUUCUCUAGCCCCAUCAAGAAAAAAGUUAAGCACAACAGUUCAAAUGGUGAUGAUCUUUCUGAAGGAAAAAAGGAAACUGAAAAGGACAACUUCUCCUUCUCCUUUGAUUUUAAUGAGCUGGGAAAGUUGAAUCUUGAUGCAAAGCUAGGAAUCGAGGAAAAGAGUAUGAGUAGAGUUACUGGCAAAACCGAUCCCGUUUCUUCAGAAGGUAACAAGGACACACAAAGAGGUAUUUCCACCAAGGGCACUGAUGUUCGUGAAGAUAACAAGAGUAAGGAACAAACACAAACACAAGAUGCUUGCACUUUGAGACCUUAUGCAAUAAGGCAGGAGAGUGUAAAGAAUGGCAGUCGUCUGACUUCAAAUGUUAAUGCUGCUGAUUCAUCUGACGAAAUGCAAGAACAUACCCGUGUUAGUCGUGCAAGAAUGGAACAGACUAACAUAGACCCAGUGUCCAAUCACAGGCAUGGAGAGCAUUCUAAGGAGGCAUACCCAACAAAAGCAGCUGUUAACAAAUCUUCUCAGAAAUUUUCUUGCAGUGCUGUAUCUGUUGAAGAUCCAACACAAGUGCAAGCGGAUCCUGUGAACAGUAAAGAAGCUCCUAAGGUGGACUUUAGUAAAGUUCAUAUGUCAAGGGAGAGUAAUGACAAUGAGCAGUCAAUUAGUUCACAAUCCAGGAACACCAGCACUGUGAAUCCCUAUAUCUCAAGAAGAUCAUUGGGUCAAUUAGAUGCCCAGAAUGAGGUUAUGGAGGAAAAUGCUUAUCUUAACGAAGGAAGUCAAGGUAACCAAAGUUUUAGCGGCACUCCUAAGAAGUUUUCAAAGAAAAUAUCUUGUGGGACAAAGAAUAGUGAGGAAGGGACUUCAGCUCCAAAGAGUCUCUCUCUUUCAAUGCGGAGGGAAAUCAGAAAUGUCAAACCUACACAGGUGAAUGAGACAGGAAGCUUUUCUCUUUUGUCCAAGUCUGCAAAUAUGAAACCAAGCAGGAUCGAACUAGCUUCAGAAACAACCUUAAAUCAAUUAGCUGGUGCAAGUAAAGUGAUAAAAAAGAUGACCGCACAUCCUACAGACUUGAAAAGGGAACACAAGCAAGCUAAUGAUGGAACUGACAAAUCUAAAAAUGCUUUGUCAAAAACAUACAUCAAGCCAGCAUUACAUGGGCUAUUGACCACAUCCAUGAAUUUCAAAGAUGAUAGGAACGCCAAACUAGGCCUUGAGCCUCCUAGUGCAGGGAACUUAUCUCUACUGAAUACUCAAAGCAGCAGAGCACCUAGCACUGAACAUAAAAUUGUUCCAAAUCAUGUGCUUCGAAAAAGUAGCAAUGAUUCUGAUUCAUUACAAGGUACUCCUUCCAAAGAUGAUAAAAUACCAACAAUUUCUCAACUGACAGGAAGAAGAAUUGCAAAAUUAGGCAUCAGAAGUCCAAAGUGUGACAUUCUUCUGGAGAAGGAAUCAGUGGAAGUGAGUGGGAGCAAGGGUUCCCCUGUAACAACAUCCAAAAUCCUGAACUCCGUUCCCAUAGAAAAACCUGCAUUGGCUAGCCAAUCCAUAAUGCAAAAGGUUCCUGAGGAAUCUGUUCUAGAUCCAAAAGCUCCUACUGUGCUCAAACACAUCAUGGGAUCUCCAGCUGUGAGAAAAUCACGUCAAACUGUUCCAGAUUUGGAAAAUCCAACAAUUCUGGGAACUCCAAAAGCUCAUGUGGAUAAUGUGAUCUCUUCAGUUAUCCCAUGUGAGAUGGGAGACAUUUCAGAUCUAGAAUUGCCUGUGCUGUUAGAAAAUGAUGGAAACAUAGAAAAAGCUGAGGCUUGUAGAAAGGAGCUUGAAGAUAUAUGCAUUUUGUUGAAAAGGAAACAUACAGAAGCUAAAGAGCUAGCAGUUCGGGCUAUCGUGAACAACAAUAUGAUGCUGAUAUUAAACCAUCCAAUGUUUGAGGAGAAAAUCUCUUCUCUUCGUAAAUUUGCAAACGGCCUGACAUCCAAGAAGUACUUAUUUGAGGAAGUUGGCACCAUUGACGCUCAUUGAUGUGGGACAAGUGUGGGGAGAAAAUGCCUCGUCCAGGAUAACACAGGUGAUGUAAGUGCAAUGAAAGAACAUAAGAUCCAGCAUACAUACGAUCUUGAAGUGAACCCAAGAACUACCUUGUCGUGAUUUUUGUUACACAAUUUGGUACCACGGGGGCAUCCGUUUACGCAGGAUAGUAGUUGUGGAGUGUCUACGCCUUCUCGUUUACAUGAUAAUUCUGUUUGUGAGAUGUGACCUUGUAGACUUAACGACUAGAUGAGCACAGAGCACUAUCAAUCCCUGGUGCCAUCUGUGUAGUCCAUCUUAUGCUAAUUGCAGCUGGUGUAUGAACUGUCACACUGGAUUGAUGCUAGGGGGAAGUUGCAAGAAUAAGGCGCCCCUUCCCAUCCUAUGCCUGAUUUUAUAGGGUUAAAAGCCAGUAAAUUUUGGUGCCUCUACCUUUUGGUA